AUGAAUAGUACAACAAUUGGCAGGGACAUACUUGAGCACUUUAAUUUAGCCAUUAAAAAAUUCAAUAUUGAUAAAAAUAAAAUUUAUUCGAUUACAACUGAUGGUGCUCUUGCAUUAGUUGGUAAAAAUAACGGAUUUAUUUCUUUAUUUAAAGAAUCUGUUGAUUAUGAUAUACUCAACUACUAUUGCUUAUUUCAUCAACAUCAAUUAUGUGCUCAAAAGUUAAACAUGUAUCAGAUGAUGACAGAUCUUGUGAAAAUUAUGAAUUUUAUCAGACCUCGGGGUUCGAAUCAUCGUGAUUUCAAAGCAUACUUGGAAGAAGUUAGGAGUGAGUGUAACGACGUUAUUUAUUUUUCAAAAGUCAGAUGGCUCAGUAAAGCAGCAACUUUGAAAAGAUUUCGAUUAUUGUUAUCUGAAAUAAAAGAGUUCAUGCAAAGCAAAAAGCAAAACGUAGAUGUUUUUAGAAAACGAAGAAUGGUUGAAUGA